UGCAUGAUUGCAUACAGGAUAGGUUUUUCUCGCGAAUUUGAUAAAAGUUUACAUUGUGACAUUUUUCGUUAUUUCUGUGAAUUUACUGUAUUUAUAUUGUUGAAGAGAAGGAGAGAAGUUGGUACUUUUUCGUCAAACUGUGCUACGAUACGAUUUCAACGAUUUAUCGCCAUUUUUCACCAACAUGCUCCAUCACUUACAAUUUAUAGUUUAUAUUACAGUAUCGACUUGUCCGAUUCGUAGCUUCGUUCACGUGUAUACGCAUGGUUUGCCCACGCUUAGGUUAUGUUUCGAGAGGCAUGUUUAGAGGUUAUGUGACUACAACAAAAUAUUCAUUUCUUCGAAACGAAAAUCUCUGACGAUUACGACGAUUACAAAGAGAAAUAUCACGAACAUGACAACGUUAUACGUCGUCGAUCAUCAGUCGUCGUAUUUUUGGACGGAUCGUUCUAGAAACUGAGGAUGAGAUUUCUGCUGUUCGGACUAUCCAGGUACGGCGUGCGCCGUAACUCAGGACUACGGGAGUUUCGACGUUGGCACGCGAUUUCGUAUAAAAAUGUCGAACCAACAUCGAGAAGGAAAUUGGACGCGAAUGUCCUAUCUGUGCGCGAUAAACUGUUAUAUUGCGACUACUUGGACUUGGAGAACGUGCAAACGGGUUUCAAAAAGAGGAAAACGUUGGAGAAAUUGCAGCGCGCGGAAGAAGAAAGGGAAAGGUACGAGGAGAUUGCACACAAACCCGUGUUCAGCGUUCUGUUGAAUAAUCGAACGACGAGUAAAGAGAAGGUCGAUUCUCAGAGCGAAGAGAACGACAAAUGGGGAACCGCGGUGAAAGAGAAGCCUGUGCACAUGCCGUACGCGAUGGUAGAUUCGUACGAGAUGAUAAAUUCGUCGGGAGCGUGCAACGAUGCCGAGGUAUCAAGCGAGGAGUACGAAAGUUUGCACGAUAGUUAUUUGAAGGUAAAGACGAGCGGCUUGACGCAGCUGAAUUUCGAGGAUUUCGUCAAGACGAUGGAAAAGAGCGUGGAUCGUGGAUGGAGUAUGCCGCAGGGUGAGUUGUGGAAAAUACCAGACAACUGGAUGACCGAUUACGAGCAGUUCGACGACUCGUUGAUGAACUGGUACGCGAGGUACGGCACGCCGGAUCCCGAUUCGAAAGUGAGCUCCGUGCCGUGCGGCGGUUGCGGUGCUUUGCUCCACUGCAGAGAUCCAGCGAUUCCCGGAUACUUGCCGUCGGAAUUGUUCCCCUUCAAAAAUACCGACGAGCUGAAAUCGACGAUAUGCCAGAGAUGCCACUUUCUGAAGUUCUACAACGCGGCGUUGGAGGUGAAGGUAUCGAUCGAGGAUUACCCCAGGCUGUUGAAAGUGAUCAAGAGCAGGAAAUGCGCCAUCGUCCUGAUAAUCGAUGUGACCGAUUUCCCUUGUUGCAUUUGGCCCGAUCUGAAGACCAUCUUACACCCUUUCACGCCGAUUUUUCUGGUUGGCAACAAGGUCGACUUGCUGCCCAAGGACUGCCCGUCGUUUCUUGAGAACGUGAAACGACGGCUGAUAGACGCGGUGAUCGACAUAACCGGCGUGAAGAGAGAAAACAUCACACACGUGCAACUCACGUCCGCGAAAACCGGAUACGGCAUAGAGCAGCUGAUAAAUAAUUUGCAGAACAAGUGGCAAUACAAAGGAGACGUUUAUUUAGUUGGUUGUACAAACGUUGGAAAAUCUUCGUUGUUCAACACCUUGAUAAAUUCCGACUAUUGCAAGGUACAAGCUAUCGAUUUGGUGCAACGCGCUACAGUGUCCGCUUGGCCGGGGACCACGUUAAAUUUACUCAAGUUUCCAAUUUUAAAUCCGACUGGCAAGAAACGUUGGUUAAGAACAAUGAGACUAGUCGAGGAAACGUCUUACAAGAUGUCGGAGUUAGAGUACAAUAAUUUAAAGUUUAAAGAAACCAGGAACAUCAAAUAUGCGACAUUGAAAGAUCACGUUGGUAAAACAUUUAUUACGAGAUCGUCGAGCAAUCCAAUGGCAAAUCCCUUCUCCGAGACGUCGCACAGAUCCAUGUGUGGAAACUCCGUCCUCGACGAGUCUAGACCAGAGUACAAGCAAACUCGUUGGUGUUACGAUACUCCGGGCACAAUUCAGAUCGAUCAGAUACUAAAUUUGCUGACCACCGACGAACUGUUGCUCACGCUGCCGCAAGAAAUCAUCUCACCGAGAACUUUCAUGUUCAAGCCUGAACAAACCGUGUUCGUGGCUGGCAUGGGAAGGUUGGAUUACCUCGAAGGAGAGCACUUCAUACGAUGUACGUUGUUCGCGAGCAAACAUCUACCUAUAACGAUGUGUCGGACCACAGAUGCCGACGAGGUGUACGAUCGUUUGUUGACUACGAAAGCUUUCGUCGUGCCUGUCAACGAUCCGGAACGGUUAAAAUCGUGGCCGAAGCUGUUGAAAUCGAAAGAGAUGAAUGUGGUCGGCGUGGACAGAGAGGAAUCCGUUGCUGACGUCGUACUGUCGAGUAUAGGUUGGAUCGCGAUCACGCCUUUCGAGAACGAAAGUGCCUUGUUGAGAGCGUGGACGCCUCAAGGUCGCGGCAUAUACUUGAGGAGCCCGCCACUGCUGAGCAAAUCAGUCAGUCUUCGGGGUCGCAAAGUUCAGGGUACACCGAUGUAUCUGUUGGGCCGACAAGUUAAUGGGCGAGACGAGCUGUGCGUUUUACUUGCGACUCUUUCGGGGACUGGGACGGAUGACCGGAGUCCUCUGCAAAAGCAACAACAAGGACAAGAAGAAAACGUUCGAAGAAAAACAAAAUGGAUCGCACGAAGCGCGUGA